CCGGUGCAUCGCAGACAGAAGAGUAUCUGAAUGGAAAAUUGUUCCCAGCCAUCAAUUUAAUUGGUGUUGAAGCCUUCCUUUGUUAAAACACGCUAUUUCCUUUUCGUUCUUUGUUUGAUUAUUUGAUUCUUCGUGACUUGUUUCCUCCAGAUUUUUCAGGUAUGUUCUCUUUCGUCGCUUGGAUGUUUAAUAUGGUUUUCUUCUUUGUAUAUAUUCUCCAUGAUUUAUAUUCUGGAAAUUCCCUUUCUGUACUUGGUGUUCUUCGAUGUGUUCUUCAACGUGUUCUUCAAUAUAUUUUUUGUUUGAUCCUUAUUCUGUGUUUAUGUUUGUGAUUUCCUGUUCUAGGAUGCCUCUUAGUCGAGUGGAAGAUGCAUGCGCUGCUAUGGCUUUUACCCGAUCAAAGUUUCGUAGGGAUGAAGUCUUAGAUAUCUAUUUUAAGUAUAGCUUUCCUUUCGAUUAUAGGGUAAUAUUACCUGGUGCCGAUAUGGCUGCUUCCGAUUCUCCAGGAUCUUCUUGUAGAGCGGUUCUCUUCGAAGAGCAAUUUGCUGCUGGUCUUAGGUUUCCUUUAGAUUCAUUUUUAGUAGAAGUGUGUAGGGAUUUAAAGGUUGCUCUGGGACAACUUUAUCCUGGUACGAUUAAAGUAGUGCUCGCCUUUUCGGAGGCGUGUAGGCUCCGGGGUUAUGCCCCUUCUCUCAAAGUGUUGUAUCAUUUUGUAGAUUUUAGGAAGUGUGAUGGUUGCUUCGUUUUCGCCCUUGGCAGAGAAGGGCGAUCUCGUAUUUAUCUUCCUUGCCUAACCAGUCGCUGGCGAAGGCGUUUCUUUAUUGUUUAUCAUAAAUUUGCUUUUCUUCAUUUUUCGGAUGGUUUUUCUUCUCACCAAGUUCGGAGCUGUCCGUCUCCUUUAAGUUUAUCCGAGUCAAAGCUUGCUUUCGACAUAUCUUCCUGUGGUGUUGUAUCGCGUCCCAUUCUAGAUGUCUUGGUCAAUAGUCAUCUUCGGCGUCGAUGGUUUCCUUUGGAGGAUCCUCCUCGAGGCUUGGCGGAUCUUUGCUACUCUUUUGUUCAAGAUUUGGAUGUUCCGAUGGGUGGUCCUGAUGUUCCUAUCGCCAAUAUUAUUCCUGGCGACAUUGACGUGGAUGUGGCUCCUGUUGAUAUUCCCGUAGCUCCCGUUGAGAUAACGUUCCCUGCGGGUGGCGAGGUUAUUGUUGUAGAUGAUGAUGAUGACUUGGCUGAUCCGGUAGGUGACGAGGCGGUUCCGUCGCUACUUCCCCCUCUAGCAUCAUCUACCGUCUCAGGGGGAGUUGGGGGUGUGGCUUCAGAGGGGCCGGUUGUUGCUGAUUCGGGAGGGAUUUCUCUAGGUCGAGACCCGGAUUCUCCGUCUAGGAAAAGACGUCGAGUUGGCGAUGGUUCUCCAUCGAGGGAGAGUUUUCCUGGAAACUCUUCUUCUGCUCCAGAUUUCCGAUCUGGCUUGUUUUCAUGGUUUCUCUGCUCUUCAAUCUGUUCUGGUGUUGAACGACCGCGGACAGUGUGCCGAGGAGGAGGUCGAACGUCUGUCUUCUCUUUUGGCGACUUCCGAGUCUGAAAGGGCGAAAUUGAAGGUCUCUUUGGAAGAGCAUGAUUCCCUUCUGGCGCAGCUCAAGGCGCAGGAUGCGAUUAAUGAUCGCCAAGUGAAAGUGAUCGAGAAGAAAACCGAUGACUUGACUCAAGAGAUUGAGGAGCUUAUUCGAAUCAAUUCCCUUGUUGGUGGGGAGAGGGACAGUCUAAGAUCGGAGGUUGAAGGUCUCCACAUCCGUCUGCUAGAUACGAAAGCUUUUUACUCUGCUUUGAUAAGCGAGUAUCGUCUUGCGAUUGGGAGGAAGCUUCUAGAGCAGAAUCCUAAUAUUGAUCUUUCUGGGGUUAACGGGUUGGAUCUGAUAGGAAUAUUUUACUCCUAUAUUUAAGGUCUAUUUUACUCGGUUUUUCAUCAUGCGUAGUAUUAUUUUUAUACAUUAUUUGGCGUUUUUAUGUUUAAUAGUGUUUGUUAGUGUUUCAGUGGAAAUUAGGUGAAAAACGACUAUUUGGGGCAAAUUUAUGGUGGAUUGCGGGUACGAGUAAAGCGUAGCUUGCGGACGAAGAAAUUGAAGUUUCACGAACGAGAUUGAGCAAAAAUAGGUUGUUCCCGUUCGAAACAAAGGUUUCUCGAACGGGAACCAUGCAGAAUGAGCAUGAGUCUCGAACGAGAAGGACUUGUCUCGUUCGGGACUCAAGAAAGAAUCAACAUCUCAAAGCUCUCGGUUUACGUUUUUUCGAACGUGAAUAAGGCUCCCGUUCGGGAACCAUGUUAAAAUUGGGCAUGUCACGAACGGAACUAUGGUUUCCCGAACGGGAAAGAAGGAAAUUACGCGUGCAGCAGACUUUGAAUUGGACUGAAAUUCUUCCUCAAAUCACAAUUACAACUCCUAUUACAAAUUGAUUUGUAAUACGAAUUAGAAGACUCCGGAACUUCUCCUACUAUAUAAAGACCUUGUACUAGACUCAAUUUAUGUAUGUAGAAUAAUUUAGAAUACAUAAGUUUUAAUUAUUUUCUCUUA